CCUCAGCUAUUAUAAAAUAAUGUGCGUUGAGCUGUGUACAUUUACACUGAGUUGCAAGAUCUUGUUGAUAAUGUUGACAGUCGCGUAACCAAAAGCCUCUCACACAUCGGCAAGGUACUCGGGUCAGAUUUUGAUAUGCUUUGAUUAGCUGUUGAAUACUAGGAGUGCAAAAUGACUACCAGGCUGCUGAGCAGAUGGGCACGACUGUUUCCUCGCUGCCCUCAGGCUGCUGUGGCCCAGGCCCGCAUGCAAGCCCCCACAAUCCACCCCACAGACCCAGUGGCCCCGAUGUCCCUGUCUUGGCAUCAGCUUGCUGCCAGGAAUCUCUGUCAGGGCAAUGAACUGGCCAAGAUGGAGGAGUCACCAGUUCCAUAUGAACGCACAGAACUAGUUGGGCUCGUUGAGAAGGCAGCAACUCCACAGGAAGUGCUUCAGUUGUGGGCGGAGCAGGGUGGCUCUGCCAGUGAUGCAGCCAGAUGUUUGGUGCAACUGAGUCUGCGGGUCACAGAGAAGGGCGGGGAAGGAAUUCUGCGGGAUCCACGCUUUGAAAACAUGCUGGAGACAGUAAACUCUCAGGUGUCUUCGGUAUGGAACGGAUCUCUGGUAGCUCUUCUGCGUGCUCUCACUAUGUUGGGUCUCCCCUCUGAUGCUCCGCUACUCCGCUCUCUCCAGAACGAAGUGCUUUGGAGAAUCAGACGCCUCACUUACCGUCACCUGACCUACCUGGUGGACUGGGUGGCAUUUCAGCGCAGCAGAGGGCAGGAAAAUGAAGCUCUCACCACAACCCUGCUGAAACAACUAGAGCUGCGCUGGACAGAGCUGUGUGAGCCUCGUACCAUCAGUAUCCUCAUGAGCCGUGCUUCACUUCUGUCCCCCACUCUCAUGGACAAACUAGAGGAUAAGGCCCUGGAAUUGGCUGAGAACUUCAGUGCAGAGGACAUUCGCAGGGUAACAUUUGCACUGGCCUCCCAGAACAGGAGGGCCGUUCCCCUAUUACGUGCUCUCUCAUAUCACCUUAACCAGAAACCCUCCUCGGAACUGAAAACACCACUGCUGCUUGACAUCGCAUACGCUUAUGGUAAGCUGAAUUUUCACCAGACCCAGGUGCUCCAGAGAAUAGCUGCAGAGCUGUUGCCUUGGUUAUCAGAAAUGAGCUCUUUUGAUUUCACGCGAUGUGCCAAGUCUCUUGCCUUUCUCAAAUGGCUCCACCUGCCUCUCUUUGAAGGAUUUGCACAGCACUAUGAGAGCAAUAGUGUUAAGUACAGCACUCUGCAGGUCUGUAACCUCCUCAUGUCUUUCGCCAAACUCAACUUUCAGCCCAGCAAAGGGGAGGAGUUUUACCCAAAGGUACACAAAGCUUUGGAAGGUUCAUUUCAGACUUUGGAGCCUUUUCUGAAAACGGAUGUGGUUUGGUCACUCUGUGUGCUGAACCAAGCCAUACCUGAUCACAUAACCUCUGUUACAAAGCCUGCCUUUCAGAAGAAACUUUCAGGUGGCAGUGUGGGUCGGAUAGAAAACUAUCGUCUGAAAUUGCUUCAUAUCUCAGCCUAUGGUCAGCUGGAGCCUCUAGGAGUUGCCGCUGUCCCCACCUCUGUUUUGCUGCCAGCACCUCAGCGCAAAGCGGAUUCUAUCACCCCUCUGCAAAGUGGUAUUCACACAGCUCUCCAGAGUCUGACCAACAGCAGGACGCAGGCUCUCCGCACUUCUGUCAAUACAGUGUACGGCUGGAAUAUAGAUGGAGAGCUUGUGGUAGAUUCAGAAAAUAAGCCGAUUGACCUGGAGAACCUGAAAGCCCCUCAUUUACCUGGAGGUGGUGGUCCUGAUGCAUUACCUACAGGUGCAUGCCGGAUAGCAUUCGUGGCUUGGGAGUUUCCAAACUUUUGUCUCAGGAGUAAGGAUCUUUUGGGACGCUUUGCCAUGCAGAAACGCCAACUACAGCUGGCUGGUUUUAUAGUAGUGGAGGUGCCGUACUUCGAAUGGCUGGAGCUGAAAUCUGAUUGGCAGAAAGUGGCGUACCUGAAGGACAAGUUAGGGAAAGCAGUGGCUGAGGACAUGGCUAAGUGAACCAAAGGACCAACUUUUGAUCAAACCAUCAUUACUUUUUAAGGCUUUUACGCAAACGGCACAGGCUGCUGAAAUCAUCAGACCCGGGCAAAUAAACAUGACUUGCAGAUGAGGGAAAGACAUUGAGUACUAUAUAUAUGUAUGCACGCAUGCAUAACAGAGCAACCACUACAGCACCAUGCUCCAAACAUCAUGGUGGAAUAUAAGAAUCAAAGUGCCUGGGAGCUGUGAUGGAUGUCUGUAUGAAAAGAGAACUGAACCUCCAGAUGUGCUCCUCAGAUGCUUUGAGGCAACAUGAAGUUGUGCAUCCACUGCCUUCCCGUAUUGGAAAUGAAGUGACGGUGUGACUGAUAUGACAUGAUGUUUACCACAGGGGAGAUCAUAUUUUUUAUUUAUUUGUCUUCAGGAACAACUUAAUAAGUUCACUGUUUGCAGUAAAUAAUAAUUGCAGGCACCUUCUGUUUUUUGAUGCGUUGCCUAGACGACACUUAGGGCUUUCCUUGUUUCCAAGGAGACAGUUGUUAAGGUUGAAAAUAUUUAUGGAGAAGGGAUUGAGAGUUUAGUACUUAAAAUAUACUUUCAUUACAGCAGAAAGUACCACUCUGCAGUUACUGUAUAUUAGUAAAGCUUAACAUUAAAAACUGGUAUAUGACACCAACUCUACCUGCCUCACCUGAUGUUUGUUAAAUAGUGAAUGUGUUGUGAUUUCAUUAAAAAUUUAACAUGUAAACAUUUUUACCAGAAAAAAAUUACUUGAGAAAAACAAAAGACAUGCUAAGAAAUAAUAAAAUGUUUAUUCUGGAUAUUCUAGCGCUGCAGUCAGUAUCGGUUACUUGCUGUCAAGCAAAGUUGGGGUUCUUUGCAUGUAGUAAGUCAUUAGUGGAAAAUGAAUUCAAAGAAUUGAAGGUUAUAUCAUAUACCAAAUUUUUUCAAUUUAUACAUUUACCUCAAGCACCUAAGUGUGCGCUUGAUGUAUACUAUUCAUCAUAGAUCACACAGUGACUCAUUGCUGUAUUUUGGUGAAAGUUGUUUUCUCAUAGUGGCUGUUUGUCAGCAGACUUUACAGAAAGAUGAAACUGAUCUUUAUUUUUAUAAUGAUUUAAGACUUCAUGAACAGAUGCUGAAAUCUUUUGAUUUGCUGUGGUGCUGAGCUGAUGUAGAUCAAUCUAAUGAACACAUUUUUAAAUAAGCGCUUGUUUUAUCAAUUAAUAAAUAAAACAAUAAAUACAGAAGUUUCUGUGAUGUGAGCUUAAAUAUACAGUGCCAUUUACUUGCUCGCUAACAUAAUACACCGGGUUCUGUGGUAAUUUCGUACUCUUUGGAGGACAGUGGUUCGUAAUAAUGGUAAUCAUUCAGUAUAGUAUUCCCACCUUAUACCAAUUAUAUUGUACCAUGGUAAUGCCACAGUAUAUUAUGUAAGGGUUUUCUAUACAACAGCUUGUAUGCUAAGCAUAAAGUGACACCAGUGCAAAAGCAAGCAGACUGGCUGAGUGUUCUGUUUUGGUGCUUUGCCAUUCGGCCUCUCUAACCUGAAGGACUGGUUGACCCCUGCUUGGGUAAACUCAGUCAGAUUCUAUUAUGCAGGGACCAUUCUGAAGAGCCUUUGAGAAUGAAUGAGAGCUGACCUCUCUUCAGGCUCAUCUUACCGCUAAUAGAGUACAUGGGGAGGU